UGUCACCAUCAUGAUGACCUGGAGAGACGGAGGCGUCUCACAUGCGACGACGUGCGAAGAGCCGAUGUAAGCGACGGCCGGGCUCAUAUUCUUGAUUUGGUAUCUUUUUACGACGACAAAAACAACAGGAGGUGUUGGGUUAAUUGCGCUAUGCAGCGUGAGAAUGUCGUGUCAGUGCGAUCUUCGGCAGAACUAACGAAGGGAUCAAGUCAACGUAGUGUUUUGCGAAUGGAACCUCCUGUAGCCCCUUUACUAGUGUUAGAGCGGAGAGUUUCGUAGGUGGCUAGAGUGAAUGGUAUGCGUGCAAGGCCAAAUGAUGGAAUUGUUGAAAGCCAGAACGAGUAGGGACAAUAGGUUGACCGGUUGAUAGAUCCAGCUAAAUCAUGGUAUAUAAAAUGAGGUUUGUUCCUUUGGUGAAGUACUAUAGAUGGACAGAGGACAUCCACUAGACCUCCACAGUUGCGAACUCUUAAGUCAAGCGCAUCAUUUUCACUAGAGAGCCUUUACGAAACAAACCCCUUUUCAAAAACCAUUGUACUUACUCGUUCCUCAUCAGCACAGAAUGAAGUUCGAUCAGAUCACAACUCUUCUCAUUACGUUGAGUGCUCAUGUUUUUGCUUCUCCCGUGCCUAAACUCCAGGGUGAGGCAUUAGAGCGAGCCCUGGCAAAGCUCAAUGCUCCUGAGCCAUGGGAAAAGCGUAGCCCCCAGCACGUCAUCGAUGGAUAUGAGGAGGUAUCCCCUUCCUCCAGCAAGCGUAGCCCUCAACAUGUCAUUGACGGCUACGAGGAGGUAGCUCCCUCGUCGAACAAGCGUAGUCCGCAGCAUGUUAUCGAUGGGUACGAGGAGGUCUCUUCUCCCUCUUCUGGCAAACGCAGCCCUCAACACGUUAUAGAUAGCUACGAAGAGGCAUCCUCCUCCCCGUCCGAAAAACGCAGCCCUCAAUAUGUUAAUGACGGAUAUGAGGAGAUCACGUCGUCAUCCGACAAGCGCAGUCCGCAGCACGUCAUCGACGGCUACGAGGAGGUUUCCUCGCCCUCAUCCAACAAGCGAAGCCCUCAACACGUCAUCGAUGGGUAUGAAGAGGUUUCCUCUCCCUCAUCCGAGAAGCGACACCCCCAGCAUGUUAUUGACGGCUACGAAGAGGCUUCCUCUUCUCCGUCUGAAAAACGCAGUCCCCAGCACGUUAUCGACGGGUAUGAGGAGGCCUCUCCGUCGUCUGAGUGAAGAAAGCGAAAAAAGCUUGGGCGCCGUCCGAUAACAAUCGAGACGUGCUGCUUCUUACUCUACGAGGAACCCUCCGUUACAGCUAGGUAACUUCCCCUGGUAGUCAAUGUCUGAUGAAACCAGCUAGGCUUGGAAAGCCAAAGUCUAUCGCUACCUCUCGAGGUGCACACGAUAUCGCUCAUUCUCUUGGUGCUGGAGUGGUGGAUCUCACUUGUCGUCGUCGUUUGGCAGUAGUGGAAUGUUUAUCUGGCGUGGCCUUUGUUAGGGGCCAGUAUACAGGUGUAUCUAGUGGUAGUGCGAUUCAGGUACAUAAUUUACACACUCGUUUGAAUCCUGAAUGUGCUCCUCAAUGUGCACUAUAACCUAAAUGUGAGAC